CAGCUGCUCCUUCGAAUGAAUUUAGUACACCGGUUAGUGCUCGAACAGCUAGAGGAAGACUUCUGGAAGCAGGUGCAAAAAGAUGUAAAACCCGAAAGAAGCCGUGGCUCUCAGAAAAGAAUAGGAAAAAUCAUUUGCAAUGGGCGCUCCGAUAACAACAUUUCACGGAUGAAGAUCGGUCGAAUGUUCUAUGGUCUGAUGAAUCAAACUUUGAGAUAUUUGACGUUCGUGAGGCGACGGGUUGGGAAAGAAUAUCAGCCAGAUUGCGUGUCCAAGGCACAUCGUUAUUCCACGCUCAUAGAACUUCUGGCCGCUUUCUGCUAG